AUGGAAUGUGAAGAAUCUAAGGCCCCUACACUGAAGAUAAACUUUGAUGACGAGGAAGAAAGGACGGUAGUCCUGGGAAAGGUUGCUGUCAAAGAGAAGAACCGGAUGAACACGACCAAUAAGAACAGACAGAAAUCAGCUGCAGAAAUUCCAAAGCCAUAUAAACUGAGCAUAGGAGGAGAAGGAGCAUCCACACCAUACAAAUCCAGUGGGCCCAGUUUUUCGGCCACCUUAUCGACGAUGAUGAAGGUGAAAAGGGAUAAGGAGAUGGAGACUGCAGAAGGGUCAUCAUCACCCCUUGUUCCUCCCCGAAUCAAAACUUCAAGAGUGAAAAUGAGUCACAGGCACAUCGUCCCGGAUGUGAAGGAGAUAGGGUCACAGUGGGAAAAUCAAGCAGCCUGGAAGAAUAAAAGGCGAUGCUGGUCACCAGAGCUUCAUGCUAGUUUCAUGGCCGCCGCUCAACUCCUGGGUGGUCCUCAAGUGGCCACUCCAAAGCAAAUCAGACGGAUAAUGCAAGUAGGACUCACAAAUGAUCAAGUGACAAACCAUCUGCAGAAAGUGCGGCUUCAGAACAAGGACCCUCAGGUGCCCAAUAUUGAGGCUGCAAAUCAACACAAUGCUAAGCCAGCAAAUCAACAAGCAUGGUUCCAAGACUCCUGGGCAGCUGAGGGCCAGUCAGGACAAUCUUGA